CUGCAAGACAAUCUGGGAUAGAAGGCUAGUGGGACCUUUUAGAACAUACGUAGCGGUGCGUCAGUCAGCCAUAGUGGUGGCUUCUAUCUCCGGGCGUAAGCCACGCUUCUCCUGGAAAACUAGCUCGUGCGCAGACUGGGUUCCGAGUGUCUCCUCCUCCAUGCGUCUGCUCGGGCUUAUCCUGCGGCCUAAAAGAUUCUUCUCUCUCCUGUAGCAGUUUCCCUGCGUUCCCGCGUCUGCAAUACUUUACCAUAGCAGAUUAUCCUUAGUCAGUACUACCUAAAUCUCACAUAAAAAAACAAACUGCAGUAAGUCAUGAGUGCGACUGCAGCUGGCUUGGCCAGAUGGGCUCCAUCCACGCCCAUUCAGACACUAACGCCGGCACCAGAGGCCUGCUACCAGCCAAAUUCAUCGACCCGGAGAUCGUCACCACAGUCACGGGCUUUAUUACGCACGGGGAGAGGUACAGGCACCACUCACCGACGAGCAGAUCUGAGCAUGGCGGUGGGGGUGACUUUUGAGUCGACUCAAAAGUCACCUCUGGCCAUGGCGGUCGGGCUCUUGGAUCUCGGGAACCGGAGAUAUGGAAGAGGAUCACGAAGCAGGAUUAACUCGCGAAGGCUGGUCCAGACCAACGCCAGCCAAACCUCCGGCGGCGACAGCAGCAGCAGCAGCAGCGGCAAUGAAGAUGAUGGAAUGUCGAUGGCGUCCGAGCCUGGCGCCAUGGAUUGGCGGACGUUCCGCGCCAAGCUGGUGGCGAGCAACGAGGCCACGCGGAGCAUAUCCUCGCCUUCCCCCGCGCAGGAGGCAGUGGGGCUCGAGAUCUGGCAGGACCGCAUGAGCCUCGAGAACUGGGCGCUGUUGGCAUCGCAGAACCCCCGUCUGGCCAAGGAGGUGCCGUGGGUGCACUCCACAGGGGGCGCGGAGGCGGGCGGCGUGCUGCUCGCCGCGCCCUUUCCCCAGGGGCCGGGGCUCGCGAGCGAGGGACGGCAGGUUCCGGGUGCGGGCGGCUUGGACCAGCGGUUGUGGCAGGCGGCGGUGUUUCUGGUGGAGCAUGGCGCCUCAGGGGGGGAGUCGUGGGGGUUGAUGCUCAACCGGCCGUCAGGAUACACGAUCCAAAAGGCGCUAGCGCAGACGAACCAGGUGGAGGACGCGGCGCUGACGGUGUUUGCCCGCAACGCCAUCUACAUCGGCGGGUUCAAGUCGGACGGCCGCACGCUGCACUUCCUCCACGGCCACGACCUGCCAGGGGCCAAGGAGGUGAUGCCCGGUGUGUUCCUGGGAGGGCUGGAGGCAGCAGCUGAGCAGGUUCUUAUGGGCAACAUGCCUCCGACUGAUUUUAGAUUCUUUGUCGGUCGAUUGGAGUGGCAGCCUGGCAAGCUGCAGGAGGAGGUGGAUGCGGGGCUCUGGUACACAGCAGCGUGCGCCAGAAGCCUCGUGCUCAAGCAGUGCUUACAGCUCCCAAAGCCCCUCUGGCGAGAGAUGCUGGAGCUGAUGGGCGGUGAAUAUGCAGAGGCUGCAAGAAAGGAAUUCGGAGAUAGCAUAUGAGCAACACAUGGGGCCCUAAAGUCAGUGGCUCGACGUCCCAUUGAUAUGCAUUUUGGCGACAUAGGCGUUUCAUUGAUGGUAUUGUCCAUCCAAUCGUCCCAUUGGGCUGCUUUUGAAAUCUACAUAAGGGUAGGCGUUUUUCUUCACGUGUUUAGUGUUGUUUACUCACUUAAAAAUGUCACCCCAGCAAGGUUGAGCACUAGGAUCCUUCGUUGUUC